AAAUGUCAAAUUUGGUCUAUAGGAGGUAAUUUUCAUCAGUUAACUUAUUGGAUUUUGUGUCAUAUGUAAUUUAUUAAUAAAGUUAAUAAUAAUGGACUUGUACGAUGAUAUUGACACAAAACCGCGGGCCAGCCAAAUUGACGGCUGGUCGUCGGGUAUCAAAAUGUUGCAAACACAAUUGGCUAUCAAGAAGGCACAAGGACCAAAAGAGCCACCCAAAAAACCGCUGAUGACACCAGUGGUCAACUUGCGAGCAAAGAAAGUUGCAGCAGAAGCAGAAGCGCACCAUUUGAACAUCACAAAAAUAGAAACACCUCUAAUGACACCUAAACCAGUUAUUACUGCCAAACCUUUAGAGCCAGUAAUUGAAAAUGCAAAAUCAGAUGAUUGCUGGGAUUUUGUAGAUGAAUAUGACCCGGCAUGGCCGAAUGAGUAUGAAAAAUUAAAGGACAAAAAUCAAAAUAAAGAGAAAGAUCAUAAAGGAGGUGGUGGUACAGGCAGUGGCCGAAGUAGUGAACGGAAACGUGGCCGCGGCCGAAAUAGCGCACGAGACUCAUCACCGCCAGUUAAGUUUUCCGGUUUUGGUCAACGUCAAACUGAAGAAGAGAAUUACAGUCCACCCCCUCAAGGAUCCGUGUCCAGUAAAGGCGGUGCUGCAAUUGCGCCACCACCUUCGCUGCAAGAAAUUUCUAUAAACAACGAAAACGGUGAUGGCUCCUCAAACGUAACCAUACCCUACUCCGCAAGCUCUGUUGCUGCAAAAAUUAUGGCAAAAUACGGCUUUAAAGAUGGUCAGGGACUGGGCAAACAGGAGCAGGGUAUGUCCAUGGCCUUGCAGGUGGAAAAGACUUCAAAGCGUGGUGGUCGCAUAAUACAUGAAAAGGAUGUGUUUUUGCCACCACCACUAGCCCCUAACAGUCCACCUGCAAGCAUGGCACCACCAGCAACACCAGCCCCAAAUACGCCCUCCCUAACAUUAGCACAAGCCGUUGAUGAAGUCGCACCGUCUGAACCUAGCAUUACAGAAAUCAUGAAAGAGCCCAGUAAAGUGGUUUUGUUACGGAAUAUGGUCGGUCCAGGAGAUGUUGAUGAAGAUUUGGAACCUGAAGUUAAAGACGAAUGCAAUACUAAAUACGGCGAUGUAGCAAAUGUUAUAAUACACGAGGCAUUUGGCACGACACCAGAAGAAGCAGUGAAGAUAUUCGUCGAAUUUAAACGAAUCGAAAGCGCCAUUAAAGCGGUUGUUGAUUUGAAUGGACGUUUCUUUGGUGGACGUCAAGUGCGCGCUGGUUUCUAUAAUUUCGACAAAUUCAAAAGUUUUCAAUUACAUUAAACUGAUUAAGCAUCUAUUAAAUAUUAU